UAUGUGUAGUCUGGGAGAAUGAAGUAACAAAAAUGAUCACAAAUAUCCCACCUUUGUUUAGUAUCAUUUACGGUUUGUAGUAAUGAAACAUCUAUCCAUACGAAUAUAUAAAGUGUCCAAUUUUAACGACAUUUGUGUUGUGCUUAAACAUUUAUAGGCCUACUGUAUUUAUUAUAAAAAAGUGUGAAUAGAUUAUUGAAUAACAAUCGGGCAUAAAUCUUUAGAAAAUAUUUUUAGAGCAAAUUAGGUACAUUAUGUUUAUAUAAUUAGCAAAAAUAUUGAUUCUGUGAAACAACAAUUUCGACCCCUUGACUUGACAUGAGCCUGUUAGUUUCCUCCACAGUGCAGAAAGGCGGGAAAGGUAACUCAACAAGCUCAUCAGGAAGAGAACAAAACGUGAUGACGCCUGUCGAGAAUCACGCACCUCUUACAGAAGAGCAGCUACGUGCAAAAGAGGUUAUAACAGCAAAUGACAUUCUCCGAUUCCCAAAAAUAACUAGCCAGUACCUCUGCUCUCCAGAAGCAAACAUCUACGACAUCGACUUUGUAAGAUUCAAAAUUAGAGACUGGGAAUCUAAAACUGUGCUGUUCGAGAUCGCCAAGCCCUCUGUGCCCCCAGAGCCUGAUGAAUCUGAUCAAGACACAGAAGAAGAGGAAGUUGAUGCGAAUGCAGGGCGAUUUGUUCGAUACCAAUUCACACCUCAGUUUCUACGGCUGAAAACAAUUGGUGCUACCGUGGAGUUCACGGUGGGUGCGCAGCCAUUGAACAAGUUCAGAAUGAUUGAGCGGCAUUUCUUUCGAGACACGCUUCUAAAGACCUUUGAUUUUGACUUUGGAUUUUGCAUCCCCAACAGCAGGAACGUGGUGGAACACAUCUACAAUUUUCCGAGUCUGUCACAGUCUCUUAUUGAUGAAAUGCUGGCACAUCCCUUCGAGACACGAUCAGACAGUUUCUAUUUUGUCGACGACCGCCUCAUAAUGCACAACAAGGCUGAUUAUUCAUAUGAUGGAGGAGAUUACAACGCUAUCUAGAAGUUUAGAAACGUCAAAACCAGAAAUUCUGAAUCUUGGAACUGAAACAAAAACUUCCUAAACUGAAUAUAAAAAUUGAAAUUGCAAAAUUCUAUUUACUAGGCUGUCUUAACAGUAUAAAAAAUAAAUCUCAUUACUUUGAAUAAACAAGUUAACUGUCUCUUGAACUAGCCUUGAAAAUUAUUAGUUCUAGGAGUAUCAGAGAAAUAGUUAUCUGUAGCUUAACCAUGUUUAUUUUUAAACAAAAUUAGCAAGAUUCAAUUUGUAGACUACCCCUUGAAAUUCAAAAUUAAUUACUAUUAACUGCAACACAUAAGCCUAAAAAAAUUAGAAAACAAGAAGCAGUAGAAUAUUUUAACAUCCGAAUGAUUUUAAUAUCAAACAGGAGACGGCUGGAAUUGGAACUGACUAACCACAAGUCAAAAUUAGGCAUUUUAAACUCUCUAAUCUUAUCAAUCAACAAAAGUUUUGGAGGUUUUGAGUUUCAGUUUUAACACAUCACCAAGAUGUAUAUAUAAUUGUUAUGUUAUGAGCUCUGGUGGCAGAUAAAAACCACAUAGCUAUAAUGGUGCAUAAACGACCUUAACCUUUUUACACGAAUCAAUUUAACCAUCAAGAAUUGGGUACAAACACAUUUUUUCAUCUAAUGAAGGUUUAGAAAGAGACAAAAUUAAUGCAAUUCAAUGAUGCUUACACACUAGAAAAUAUCUUGUAUCCGUCACCUAUGUCAAUUGAUAACUUGACAUUCAAAAGAAUAUUGUCUACAUACGAGUAUAUCUAUCAUUCUCAUCUUAAUUAACUAAACACUUAACACUAUAUGGUAAUAAGUACACAUUCUGUGUUUGAAUAACUAUUUGUAUGAAAUUUUGUUCUUGCGCUUAUUUAGGUGUUAAGUUAUAUCGCCAUAAGCCUGUGACGAAAAUCUGCCACCAAGAUCUAAGCUUUACUUUUUAUUUAGUUCAAAGGAAUAGAUAGCACAAAUAUUUAUACAUUGUUAUUGAAAUAAAACUACAUUUGUAAGUUGAACUUCUAA